UCAGGCGAGUAGUGACGAGAGCAGUACGGUAAGUGACGCCGAGCGAUCGCCGCCGCCACCGGCUAGGACGUCGACAAGCCACGGAGCCGUCAUAGGAACUCUGGAAAAGGCCAUUUGUAUAGCUGUCUCAGUAUUAGCCGGUGUAUGCUACGGUUUGAAUUUCAUGCCGGUAAUCUAUAUGAUUGAUAAUCGUGACAAAUAUCCCGACUACCCAGUAGACGGCCUUUCCUACGUGUUUUCGCACUUCUUUGGAAUCUUUCUCAGUGCCACAGCAAUAUUCCUUGGCUACACUAUAUUCAGAAAAGGCGAACCGUUCAUGACUCCUCAACUGAUCUUGCCGUCAUUUUUCGCUGGGUUACUUUGGGCAACAGCUGAGACGGCAUUUUUCAUUGCCAAUCAGCACUUAUCUCAAGCAAUAUCAUUCCCUAUCAUUACUGGACUGCCAGGAUGUGUAGCAUCGUUGUGGAGUGUAUUGUAUUUUCAAGAAAUCAAGGGUAAACGGAAUCUAAUGAAUUUUGUUGCUGCUUUGACGCUUUCCAUUGUUGGAGCUGUUUUGGUUGGUCUGUCGAAGGAAGUUCAUCUCUAG